GCGUGAGUCAUGUCGACAGUUUUGACUAGACUCGAAGGGCAAACAUCGUUAAGUCGAUCUAAUGAAAAUUUGAUCGAUCCGAUGAUAGAAACAGAGAUGUAUAGCAUUAAUGUACACGAAGAUGAGCGAACGCCAGUUUUCACUCAUGCCCCGGACUGUCUGAGGUCGAAUGGUCUACCGACAUGUACCUGCGAUGAACUGCCAAUCUUGGUUACUGCAGAACAUUCGCCUCUUAUAGCAUACCAAAACUACAGCGAAGGGGCCGAUGUUAGCUAUCUGACAGAUAUUCAUUGUCACGAAAGUAAACCUAUUUAUUCGAAUGCAAGGGCAAGGAAGAAACUGGUCGUAGCAAGCGUGGUUUGCCUGCUUUUCGUGAUCGCAGAGGUCGUUGGUGGUUUGCUUGCUGGCAGUCUUGCCAUCAUGACAGAUGCUGCCCAUAUGUUAUCUGACUUUGCAUCAUUUUUAAUCAGUCUUUUUGCUAUCUGGGUUGCUCGGUGGCUUCCAGAUAAGAGAAAGACCUUUGGCUAUUACAGAGCAGAGGUGCUUGGUGCUCUUGUGUCAGUUCUCAUCAUUUGGGUAUUAACAGGGGUGUUGGUGUACCUUGCUGUGAUAAGAGUCCUGUCAAAUGAUUUUAAAAUAAAUGCAGAUAUCAUGCUUAUUACAGCAGGCAUAGGAUUAGGAGUGAACAUCUUGCUUGGUAUUAUUCUCCAUCAGACAGGUAUUGGACAUAAUCACAGCCAUGGUGGUGGAGGUCACUCUCAUGACACCAGUCAUAGCCAUAAUGGAAAAGUUGAAACUGUUUCUACCAAUCGCAUUUCAAGAAGUGGAAGCUUGGCCUCUGAGAAACAAAACAUCAAUGUACGAGCUGCAUUUAUUCAUGUUUUAGGAGACAUUGUUCAGAGUGUGGGAGUCCUUAUUGCAGCAUACGUCAUCAAAUAUAAGGUAACAAUGAAAAGGAAUACACCCUCACUAAACAUAUACUGUUAGUGUAGGUAAUAAGAUGAUUUUGGGUACAAUUU